GUGGAGUUCCCGCGAUGUUUGGGGCUUGUGGGCGGGGCUCUGCUGCCACGUCAGGCUUUCAGGCAGGAGAUAGCGGAUCCGGAGAGAGAGGAGCCGGAUCCGGCGCCAUGGCUGCUAGCAGGUUACUCGCCAGCCCCCAGCCCACGGACGUGGCCACCGCCGUGGUGCUCUGCUUGGCGCUGCUGUGGGGCGCCUCCGCGCAGCACGAGGGCUUUCACGGCCACGCUCACGAGGACUUCCACCACGGCCACAGCCACGCUCACGGCCACGGCCACACGCACGAGGGGAUCUGGCACGGCCACGCGCAUGACGACGGGCACACGCACGAGGGGAUCUGGCACGGCCACGCUCACGAGGGCCACCACGGACACAGCCACUUGCACGGGGGCCACUCGCACGAAGGCUCGCACCAUGGGCACUCGCACGAGGAUGUUCACCACGGGCACGGGCACGAGGACCCCCACCACGGCCACGGCCAUUUCCACGAGGGUCCUCUCCACCACAGCCACUCGCACGAGUCUCCUGCCGGCGGCCCCACCGAGGCCCGAUCCUUCCCUGGGAACGAGAAGCCUCUGCCGAGGAGGGAGAAGUUGGAGCCGCUGCAGUUGUGGACUUACGCCAUUGGUGCCACUCUCCUCAUCAGCGCUGCCCCGUACUUCAUCCUCUUCCUCAUCCCGGUGGAGUCCAACACCUCCCAGCACCAGGCCCUCCUCAAACUGCUGCUCAGCUUCGCCUCGGGGGGGCUUCUGGGAGACGCCUUCCUGCACCUCAUCCCUCACGCGCUGGAGCCGCACUCCCACCACGGGGAAGGCGCAGGGCACAGCCACGUGAAGCCGGCAUCCCACGGCCAUUCUCACCAGGGUUCUGAGCACCAGCACAUGAUGUCGGUGGGCCUCUGGGUGCUGGGGGGCAUCGUGGCCUUCCUGGUGGUGGAGAAGUUUGUCCGGCACGUCAAGGGAGGCCACGGACACCACGGCCACAGCCACGUUCCCAAAGCCAAGUCCAGCGACGACGAGGCAGAGAAGGAGCCUUUGCGGGGAAAGACGUCGGAGAAAAUAGCCCCCUCCCAGGGGAGGCAGAAGCCCCCCGACUCUGCCAUGCGCGUGUCGGGAUACCUGAACCUGGCCGCCGACUUUGCCCACAACUUCACGGACGGGCUGGCGCUGGGGGCGUCCUUCCUGGCGGGGGGCACGGUCGGAGCCGUCACGACCCUCACGGUCCUGCUCCACGAGGUGCCCCACGAGGUGGGCGACUUCGCCAUCCUGGUCCAGUCCGGCUGCAGCAAGAAGAAGGCGAUGAAGCUUCAGCUGGUGACGGCGCUGGGCGCCCUGGCGGGCACCGUCUGCUCGCUGCUGGCGGAAGGCGUGGGCGAGGCGGCCACGGCCUGGAUCCUGCCCUUCACGGCCGGAGGCUUCAUCUACGUGGCCACCGUCUCGGUCAUCCCCGAGCUGCUGCAGGACUCGGGGCCCGUGCAGUCGCUCCUGGAGGUGCUGGGACUGGUCGGCGGAGUCACCAUGAUGGUCUUCAUCGCCCAGUACGAGUAGAGCGGAGGGAGGGGGCCGGGGGGGCAGGGCAGGCACCCAUUUGGGGGCAGCAGAGGCGGGACCAAGGAGAAACGGACAGCCCUGCCCCACUCCCCCUCCAACUCCAUCCGGGGUCCAGACAUUUCAGCCGCCAGCCGCUGCUGCUGCACGCACACUUCCCUUCCUCCGGGGGGCGCCGUGUCGGUGUUGCAGAGCGAGGAAGAGGAGGAAAACGACCAGUCUGGGACUUCCCGAGAGGCCAGCUCUUCUGCUC